ACCCUAGGACAAAGCCGCGAUAGAAUGUCAUACAGUCAGCGAAGACACUACAAGAACGUCAAAACCCUAGAUUCAACCUCUGAGGUCUUGGCUUUCUGUGAUUGUUCGGGAGGUGCCAAUAUCCGCUCCAUUCAGCCGGCAAGCUUCCAUCCAUCAAAAUGUCUCUGAUUGCGAACGAAGAUUUUCAACACAUUCUACGUGUUCUGAACACCAAUGUCGACGGUAAGCAAAAGAUCAUGUUCGCUUUGACCUCAAUUAAAGGUAUUGGGAGGCGAUUCGCCAACAUCGUCUGCAAGAAAGCCGACGUCGAUAUGAACAAAAGGGCUGGUGAAUUAUCUGCGCAGGAGCUGGAGAAUCUCAUGGUGAUCGUUGCUAAUCCUAGACAGUUCAAAAUCCCAGACUGGUUUUUGAACAGAAAGAAGGAUUACAAGGAUGGGAGAUAUUCACAGGUUGUGUCUAACGCAUUGGAUAUGAAGUUGAGAGAUGAUUUGGAACGCUUGAAGAAGAUUAGGAACCAUCGCGGUCUGAGGCACUACUGGGGCCUCCGUGUCCGUGGUCAGCACACAAAGACUACAGGCCGUAGAGGGAAGACUGUUGGUGUCUCCAAGAAGCGUUAAGCUUCUAUUUCUCUGGAUUUUGAAUUUCUAUAAUACCAAGUGUGGAAGAGUUUUUUUUUUUUUUUUUUUUGGUAGGGGUGUGCAAGAUAGGGUAAUGUCGGCUGCUAAGUUGUGUGUUAGAUAUAUAAUGUGGAUUUAUUGAACAAUUCUUGGUUCAGCUAUUGUUAUAAGCUACUACUAGUUAUGAUCCUGGAAUUGUUUUUUGAAGCCAGAAUUGGUCCCUUCACAUUUUAGAGUAGAAGCAGAGAUUUGGUUUUACCUUGUAAAUAAAAUUUCUUGGUUAUGGAUGAUAAGGUAAGCUGCAUUUUUUCGUUUGAGAAGAUCA